CGCUGCUUCACGAAGCGCGACACCAGCUCCGAAGCUUCGGUAUCGUUUGUCCCUCAUUGAAGCCGCUUUCUGCCGCCAUGUCUUCAGUCCAUCACCUGAGGGAGUUCAUCGGGGAGAGACUGACCGCGGCGGCCGCGGAAAUCUUCUCCGAGUUCGAGAGGACGAUCCUGCGGUACGAGGAGGAGCUCGGGCGGCAGCGCAGGCUGCUGGACAUCCGAUGGAAACCUGAGGUUAAGCUGCACAGAGUCGCCAGGAAAAGAAACCGCUCUCAAAUGUGGGAACACUUCCAGCUCAUCGGUCCUAAUAAGGUCCAGUGUUCGCUGUGUUUCCAGCAGCUGGCCUACAAUAACAACACCUCGUCCAUGGUGAGGCACUUCAAGGCCAAGCACGACGACAAGCAGGAGAUCACAGACCUUCACCAGAAACCAGUUCACGACAUGGAGCUGAUCCUCACAGACCCGCAGCUCUUCAACCAGGACAGUAACUCCAGCGUGGACCAGGAGGAACCAGAACCUCCAGAGAUCAACAAAGACCAGGAGGAACCAGAACCUGCACAGAUCAAAGAGGAGGAGCAGGAGCUCUGCACCAAUCAGGACCAUCAGCUCGGCCUGAAGCAGGAGACGGAUCCGUUAAUGGUGACAGAACCAGACGGGGAGCAGCACUUCUCUCAGGGUUCUGCUGGACCCGAGACCCAGAACCAGGGCGGUCGUCACGAUGUCAGUUUGGACACAUUCGGAUCAUGUGGUAGUUCCUGUAUCGGCGGAGGUGGAAGAAAGCUCUUAAAAUGUGACGUUUGUGGAAAGGCCUUCAGAAAAAAGAGGCAACUUUGGGAACAUCACAGGAGGCAACACGUCGGCAACAUUCCUGGGAGAACUUGUGGAAAUGGGUCAGAACACGUCCCUACGGGUCGAGCAGGAAGACGAGCCGACAGCUCACGUCUCUCGGAGCCUUCGAGCUCGGCCGGCAGCUCCGACGCGCUCCGGCACCGCUGCCUCGUCUGCGCCAAAAGGUUCUCGACCCGCACGAGUUUACUCGUUCACAAGAGCUUCCACUCGGACCGGCCCCUGCAGCCGUGCCGCACCUGCGGGAAAACCUUCGCCUACGUCCAGGUCCUCCGGGCUCACGUCAGACGUCACGCUGGUGGGAAAGAAGACGCCUGA